GUGGGCUCCUCCCCCAACUCCUUGGACACAUGAUUUUCUCUUGGUUUUUCUUGGUUUCUCUUGGUUUCUCUCGUGGUUUCAUCGUAAUUGUUUUUGUUUCCAUUGUUCUUGUUGUGCCGUGAUUUCGUCUAUGUUUGCGAGCGCGCGCGUUUGCGUCCCUCCGGCGGCGGCGGCGGCAAUCGGCACCUGCCCAUCCCUCUCGCGGUUCUCGACAGGGAUCCCUCUUAAAGGUUGAGGCCCACUCGAGACACAUAGCUCCACAAACACACUUACACAUUAGCGAUAUAACGUAACGUAAUAUCAAAGCAAAGGGAUUUUUCCUGUGCAAUUUGGCAAAAGCGCACAGGUUUUGCCCUCUAAGAUAGGCACCAGGUUUUUCUAGUUAGGACUUUCCUGGUGGAACUCACAACACAACAACAUCACACAUUACAACACUACCACAUUUCAGCAUCAAGAUUCAGCAGCAAGAAAUGUAAGUACUCAAAAUCCCUCUCGGCACUGCCACUCUGGCACCCUUUCUGGCUUUCCCUUGCACUUGCUUCCACCGGACGUCACAUGAGCCGGGCUAACGUAAACUUUGUUCUUAAUAUUGCCUUGGGCCGGAAUAACAUAGCCGGCAUUAAAGUAAAGUAAAACGGAAGAUCUGGCUAAUUGCCAGCUAGUAACUUCCCCCUACCCCGACCAGGGCCUCGGCCUGUCGGGAGCAAAAUUCAAAAAAAAAAAAAAAAAAAAUGACUAUACCUGACGCCAGAAAAAGAUGACCGAGUCUACCGCUGCCACCGCCCCUGCUGCUGGCGCCGCCAAGGCGGCCAAGGCAAAGGUGCCUCGCACCAAGCCGACGCACCCGCCCACCAACGAGAUGGUCCAGGGAGCCAUCAAAGGUCUGAAGGAGCGAGGAGGCUCGUCGCUGAUCGCCAUCAAGAAGUACAUUGCAGCGAACUACAAGGUCGACGUUGAAAAGCUGGCGCCGUUCAUCAAAAAGGCUCUCAAGACUGGCGUCACCAGCGGCGCCCUGGUGCAGACCAAAGGCAAGGGUGCCAGCGGAUCGUUCAAGCUGUCUUCCGCUGCUGCCAAGCCGGCCAAGCCCGCCGCAAAGUCGCCUAAGAAGCCUGUGGCCGCGAAAAAGACACCAAAGAAGACUGCUACCAAAAAGUCCGCGGACAAAAAGAAGACUGCCAAGUCUCCCGCCAAGGCCCAGAAGCCCAAGGCCAAGCCAACCAAAGCUAAGAAGGCCAAGUCGCCGGCGAAGAAGCCCAAGGCACCGAAGCCCAAAAAGACGGCUGCCAAAAAGCCUGCCGCCAAAAAGGCCCCGGCUAAGAAGUGAACGAUGUGCCUGACCGUUCCGCUGGCACAUGUCAAUGGCUCUUAUCAGAGCCA